CUACGAACCGUUCAGCUUAUCUUUUGUAAGUCGAUUGAAUACACAAACGGCGACCAAACUUCAUUGAACCGCGAUCGUUCUAUUAUUUAGACUCGGGUGUGUAACGCGUAGUUUUUUUUUCAUUUUAUCUGCGAAUUUCAUAAUAUUUUUGCUAUUACACAUUUAUAUCGUUUCUAGCCGUAUACACAACAAUAACGGAAAUACAUCAUUAUAGUUUGUGAUAAUAUCUAGGUACUUAGGUAGGAAACGUGCGACGUACCGCUACUCGAUUACGUUUCUACGAGGCUGGGGAGCUGAUAACGGCCGCCGACGGAGCGCAGUACGAUGAUCGCGGCCGUAGCGUUGGGACUGCUUCAAGCGGUGGCGAUGGCGGCUGCGGCUUCCGGCGAGUUCCGGUUGACCGUGUUGCACACCAACGACCUUCAUUCGCAUUUUGACGAGACUUGCCGCGACGGCGGAAACGGCCCGUGCGGCGCGGCCGGCGGCUACGGUGGUUUCGCCCGGUUGCGCGGCGCGUUGGACGCCGAACGCGCCCGGGCCGCCGCCGUCAUCCACCUGAACGCCGGCGACACGUUUCAGGGCACGCGAUUCUAUGACGUGCUGGGCUGGCAGCCGGCCGCCGAUCUGAUCGGCGAUCUUGGAGUGGACGCAAUGUGUUUGGGAAAUCACGAGUUCGAAAACGGCCCAGAAGGACUGGCGCCAUUCCUGAAAUCCAAAAACAUAAGUUCCAUACCGAUAGUCGUAGCGAAUAUAAACACCGAAGAGGAACCGAGUUUAACAAACAUUCAGUCGUCAACGGUACUGACAGUCGGAGGGCACACCGUAGGGGUGGUCGGUUACUUGACACCGGACACGAAAUUUACGAAUAAAGCGGGCAGAAUUCGGAUAAUCGACGAACUUCAGAGUGUCAAAACUGAAGUGGUCAAGUUAAAAAAAGCCGGGGUGGAUUUCAUCAUAGCUCUCGGACAUUCAGGUCUUGAAAUGGACAAGCGGGUGGCAAGAGAGGUGGACGGCGUUGACGCUGUCGUCGGAGGACAUUCGCAUUCAUAUUUGAACAGUGGACCACAGCAAGACGACCAAAUACCGGUGGGGCCAUACCCCGUGAUCGAAAAAAGAGGUGACCAAAUUGUGCCCGUGGUGCAAGCGUAUGCGUUCUGCAAAUACUUGGGGAAAUUGGUUUUGACUUUCGACAGUGAAAAGCGUUUGAUCAGUGCCGUCGGUGGACCAAUUUUACUAGACCAAACAGUUCCUCAGGAUCCAAAAAUGUUAGAAAAAGUCGAGUAUUACAAACGAUUAGUGGCGGAAAAAAAUGUCGAUCAAGUCGUCGGAAACACUCGAGUAUUUUUGGACGGCAACUGUAAAUGUGCGGAGACCAAUUUGGCCGAUUUGAUUACCGAUUCUUUUAUACGCAUAAACUUGAACAAUUUAUUAAAAGACAACGUGACCUUAAGUGGAUGGACUGAUGCUGCUGUAGCGAUUACUUUAAGUAGUAGUAUUCAAAGUUCAAUAGAUGCUUCAAAAACACAAGGUAUUAUAUAUGAAUCUGACAUUCGGCGCGUCUUGCCGUACAAAACUCGUCUGUAUAAAGUGACCAUUACUGGGAAGACGCUGCUAAAAGCGCUUGAGCAUAGUGCAUCCAUGCAUGAUUAUAAAAACUGUUCACUUCCGGAAAAUAAUAUAUACGGAGGUUUCAUGCAAAUGUCAGGAAUGCAUGUCACUUAUGACAUUAAAAAUGUCGUGGGUUCACGGGUACGGUCUGUGACAAUUCGGUGUUCAGAAUGUAAGUUACCAUCUUAUGAGCCGAUCGAUCUGGAAAAAAAAUACACUAUAAUGAUUCCUAAGUACAUGGCAUUCGGCGGAGAUCAGUACAAAAUGAUCAAGGAUGAACUAAUCAGCAUUAAAAGUUUAAAUAUUACAGAAACAGACGCCUUUUUAUCGUAUGUUAAAGAAAAUAAACCAAUUUACGCAGGUGUAGAUAAUAGAAUCAAAGUAUUGAACCAUUAAUGAAGAGAGCCGUAUAUAAUAUCAUAAUAAUAUAAUCAAUUAAUCAUUUCAACUUAUUAUGCUUCGUCGAGUUUCUUUUUUUUUACUAAAUGCAAUUAUAAUUUUUAUAAAUAAAUAAAAAAAUAAUAAUAAAUUUAUUAUUAUUAAAUAAUAUAUUAUAUUA